AUGUUUCCAAAUUUGACACUCCUAAACUUGGCAAGGAACAACAUCACCGGUAGCAUUCCACCGGGGCUUGGAAAUUCAAUACAACUACAUCAACUUGAUCUGUCUUCAAAUCGUUUAGUUGGGAAAAUUCUGAAGGAAUUCGGGAAGUUGACUUCUCUAGAGAAAUUCAAUGGGUCAAUACCGGAUAUUCUGGGCAACUAUCUUAAGCUGUUUUACUUGAAUUUGAUCAACAACAUGUUCAGCCAGAAAAUUCCAAUACGGAUUGGUAAGUUAUUUCAACUGACUGAGAUGGAUCUAAGUAGUAAUAAUCUCACAGGGGAAAUACCAUUGGAAAUCACAAAUUUGCAGAGUUUGGAGAAUUUAAACCUCCCCCACAAUAAUCUCUACCGUCUCAUUCCAAAGGGUUUUGAAAAUAUGCAUGGCUUGGCAUUUAUUGAUAUAUCAUAUAAUCAGUUACAAGGUCCAAUUCCCAUGAGCAGUGCCUUCAUGAAUGCAUCAAUAGAAGCACUGCAAGGGAACAAAGGUGCAUUCACCGGACUUCUCAUUCUCUUCGAUCCAAGAAAGAGAAAGUCACAAGUUGAAGAGGGUGACACCCAACCCCCGAAUGAAGAUCUGUUAUCAAUAUCAAUAUUUGAUGGAAGAGCAAUGUACAAUGACAUUGUCAAAGCUACCAAGGAUUUCGAUGCCACAUAUUGCAUUGGAAAGGGAGGAUAUGGAGCUGUCUACAAGGCGAAGCUACCAUCGGCUAAUAUAGUAGCUGUGAAGAAACUUCAUCCAUUUUCCGAUAAGGCUGAUAGGAAAGGUUUCUUAAAUGAGGUAAGGGCAUUGACAGAAAUUAGGCAUCGAAACACAGUGAAGCUUUUCGGGUUCUGUUCGUAUGCUCGGCACUCUUUUCUAGUUUAUGAGUUCCUCGAAAGGGGUAGCUUGGCUACAAUUUUCAGCAGAGAUGAAGAAGCUAAAAAGUUGGAUUGGCGUAUACGGGUCAAAAUUAUUAAGGGUACUGCAAGCGCUUUGUCAUACAUGCACCAUGAUUGCACACCGCCAAUUGUUCACCGAGACAUUUCUAACAGCAAUGUUUUGAUUGAUGAGGAGUACAAGCCUCGUAUUUCAGACUUUGGCGCCGCCAAGCUUUUGAAGCUAGAUUCCUCUAACUGGAUUGCACUUGCAGGCACAUACGGAUAUGUUGCACCAGGUAAACACAAUUUUAUGCACUCAGAGCUUGCUUGCACAAUGAAGGUAACUGAAAAGUGUGACGUUUAUUGCUUUGGUGUGUUGGCAUUGGAGGUGAUCAAAGGAAAGCAUCCGGGAGACUUCAUCACCUCUCUGUCGACCUCUGCUAUCGAGAAAAUAGAGUUAAAGGAUGUGUUGGACCAACGCCUUUCACCUCCCUCCCCUGAAGUUGAGGAGGUAGUGAUGUGUAGUGUAAAAUUGGCAAUUGCAUGUUUGCAUGACAAUCCACAAUCUAGGCCAACCAUGCACAUUGUUUCUCAAUUGUUAUCCACCCGAAUGUAG